GCUGUUGAAAGAAGUUCCAUCUCCCAUAAAAUAUUUAAUUUUCAAGUUCUUAUUCUGUGCAGAUUUUCAAGGGGCAUCAUCAAUACAUCAUACUUUAUUCGUGUUAUUAAGCUGAGUGCAAUAUUGUAAACAAUCAAACAGUAUUGUCGCAUGGAUGCAAGCGCGCAUUAAUAAAGCAUCAAUUGUGACGCAACAAUUGAAUAUUGUAAUGUUGAAAGUGCGUUGACCUUGCAAUGAGAAGUGAUUUGUUGCUCUAAAGUUAGUCUUGGAUCAAGACUCGAGUGCAUCAUAAAUAUUACAUAAAUCUGUUUGAGCAGCUCCCACUACACAACUAGCAUGGCUGAUGCUCAAGCAGAAGGUGGAGUUCCAGCUGUGGAGCCAACUGUGGAGACUGAAAACUCAAACCAGAUCCAAGAUCAGGUCCAGGUGCCUUCUCAAGAGGAGUUACUAGCCCAUGUCAGAGCUCAACCUGGAACAGCACUGGUGAAAGCAAGGUACAUUGACCUCACACGACACAGCAAAAGAAAUUACCAGGAUAGCACCACCAAAGCGAGCCAGGAGCAGCGCAACGAACCCGAGGGCCAGCAGCAUGAAACCAAGAAGCAGAAAGGGAAAGGCCAGAAUAAGAAACGUUACAGGGAAAAAACAGUUCCGUCUGAAGAGCGUCCUUGUUUGGACUUCUUGAGGGGCGCCGGUUGCAGAUUCGGUGACAAGUGCAAGUUCAGCCACGAUAUCCAAAAGCUGAUGGCGGGUAAAGCCCCAGAUAUCAAUCCGCGAUGUAUCAAUUUUGACAAAUUUGGCAGCUGUCCUUAUGGCAUGCUCUGCCGCUUUGGAGGUGCCCACAUAGACGAUAACCUGAAGAACAUCGUCGAUGAGGAGAAGGUCAAGGAAACGGGAGGCAAAUGCGUCGUCAGGAAUCUCCUGAGCAAAGACUUGCAGAUACAGUUGAGGAAGCGGAACGUCCAUUUUAAGAAGUCCGAUCAGUACAUGAGGACUUUGGAUACUAGGAAAAAGGAGUCUAACUCUAAGAGACCCGAAGGACCAGGUUGCAAAGACCAUAAUGAAAGUCCUACUGUUGUCAUGCCGACUAGUGGUGAUGCUCACAACCAUGCAGGGACUGUGACGGAUGCUGAUGUUAUCAAGCUACGGCCAGAGGAGAAGAAGAAGCUUGAUGUGAAGGACAAACUCCUGCUUGCACCACUGACAACCGUUGGUAAUCUUCCGUUCCGUGCCGUGUGUAAGAAGCUAGGUGCGGACAUCACAUGCGGCGAGAUGGCCAUGUGCACUAACUUACUCCAGGGACAGUCGUCUGAAUGGGCGCUGCUGAGGAGACAUCCUUCGGAAGACAUCUUUGGUGUCCAGCUAUGUGGUGGUUUUCCAGACACGAUGACUAGGUGUGCAGAGCUGCUCAAUGAUAGAUUAGAUAUUGAUUUUAUUGAUAUCAAUGUCGGCUGCCCAAUUGACCUGGUUUAUCACAAGGGAGCUGGAUCUGGUUUGAUGAAUAGAAUGGGAAAGUUUCAGGAGAUUGUGAGAGGAAUGAGCUCGGUUCUUGAUAUUCCGCUGACAGUGAAGAUGAGAACCGGUGUCCAUAACGACAAUCCCGUCGCACAUAAGAUUGUCCGUCGUAUCUACGACUGGGGAGCAUCUGUUGUCACGGUUCAUGGUCGUACCAGGGAGCAGCGGUAUUCCAAGCUAGCUGAUUGGGAUUAUCUGAAAGACUGUGUUCAGGCUGCUGAUCCGCAUCCAUUCAUUGGAAAUGGAGACAUUCUUUCCUAUGAAGAUUCAAACUUCUUCCGUGAGCAGAGUGGAGCCACCGGUCAGAUGAUUGCCCGGGGCGCUCUCAUCAAACCUUGGAUCUUCACUGAAAUCAAAGAACAAAGACAUUGGGACAUCUCUUCUAGUGAGCGUUUUGAUAUUCUCCAGGAUUACAUCAACCUAGGACUGUUGCAUUGGGGCUCAGACAGUGAGGGAGUACGGAAGACGAGAAGAUUCCUUCUUGAGUGGCUGUCUUUCCUCCAUCGUUACAUCCCGGUUGGACUCCUGGAGACGCUGCCUCAGAAGAUCAACGAAAGGCCUCCGUACUAUGUGGGUCGGGACGAUCUGGAGACACUGAUGGCUAGUGCCAAUUGUGCUGACUGGGUCAAAAUCAGUGAAAUGUUUCUUGGCCCUGUACCCGAUGACUUCCAAUUCCUAGCGAAGCACAAAGCCAGCUCCUACAAGUGAAACUGACACGGCUCAGCAACA